AUGGAGACGCCGACGAUGAAGCCCGACACGGUUCUGAUUCUUGAUUUCGGCUCACAGUACACACAUCUCAUCACUCGCCGGAUUCGAUCUCUCAACGUCUUCUCUCUCGUAAUCAGUGGAACCUCGUCACUCAAAUCAAUCACAAGCUAUAACCCAAAAGUCGUUAUCCUCUCCGGUGGGCCACACUCCGUCCACGCGCUCGACGCGCCGAGUUUCCCCGACGGGUUCAUCGAGUGGGCUGAGUCCAACGGUGUUCACGUUUUGGGUAUCUGCUAUGGUUUGCAAUUGAUUGUGCAGAAGCUUGGUGGUGUUGUUGUGGAAGGAGAGAGUAAAGAGUAUGGGAAGAUGGAGAUUGAAGUGAAAGGCAAAUCGGAGAUUUUUGGGUCGGAGAGUGGUGGAGAUAAGCAAAUGGUUUGGAUGAGUCAUGGAGAUGAAGCUGUUAAGCUUCCUCAAGGUUUUGAGGUUGUGGCUCAGAGCGCUCAGGGAGCCGUUGCUGCUUUGGAGAAUCGGGAGAGGAAGAUUUAUGGAUUGCAGUAUCAUCCUGAGGUGACACAUUCACCUAGAGGAAUGGAGACACUUAAGCACUUCCUCUUUGAUGUCUGUGGAGUAUCUGCAGACUGGAAAAUGGAGGAUCUCAUGGAAGAAGAGAUCAAAGUGAUUAACAAAACCGUUGCAUCCGAUGAACAUGUCAUUUGCGCCUUGUCAGGAGGCGUGGACUCUACUGUUGCCGCAACUCUUGUUCACAAGGCUAUUGGAGAUAGGCUUCAUUGCAUCUUUGUCGAUAACGGUCUAUUAAGGUUUAAGGAGCAAGAACGUGUGAUGGAUACCUUUGAGAGAGACUUGCAUCUUCCUGUUACUUGUGUGGACGCAUCCGAGCAGUUCCUGAGUCAACUUAAAGGCGUUGUGGAUCCCGAGACGAAGAGGAAGAUUAUCGGAAAGGAGUUCAUCAACAUUUUUGAUCAGUUUGCCCAGGAGUUAGAGAAGAAGCACGGGAAGAAACCUGCUUUUCUAGUUCAAGGGACUCUGUACCCUGAUGUGAUCGAGUCCUGCCCACCCCCAGGUACUGACAGGACCCAUUCUCACACCAUCAAAAGCCAUCAUAACGUAGGAGGGCUCCCUAAAGACAUGAAGUUGAAGCUCAUUGAGCCACUCAAGCUUCUCUUCAAAGAUGAGGUCCGUGAGCUUGGGAAAAUCUUGAAUGUUCCCGUAGGAUUCUUGAAGCGUCACCCAUUCCCUGGUCCAGGGCUCGCAGUUAGAGUCUUGGGCGAUGUUACUCAAGGAAACGCCCUCGAGGUUCUUCGUCAGGCAAGUUUAUCUAAAAUCUUAACUGCAAAGCAUAGGCAGCAACCGUCCCAUGUUGAUGAGAUUUUCAUCCAAUCAAUCAGAGAUGCGGGUCUGUAUGAUUCGAUCUGGCAAGCUUUUGCAGUGUUCUUGCCUGUAAGAUCAGUUGGAGUCCAAGGCGACAAGAGAACGCAUUCUCAUGUUGUUGCUCUUCGCGCAGUUACAAGCCAAGACGGAAUGACUGCUGAUUGGUACAAUUUUGAGCACAAGUUUCUGGACGAUGUCUCCCGGAAAAUCUGUAACAGUGUUCAAGGAGUAAACCGUGUGGUUCAAGACAUUACAUCAAAGCCUCCUUCAACGAUUGAAUGGGAAUAG